UCUGAUCUCAGCUUUGCAUGUACUACAGAAAAAAAAAUUGUGUAUGUAAAGACAUUCGUGUAUGUCAUGUAAAAGUGGUAAAAUUAUAAACAAUUUGUGGUAAAAUAUUGAUGAAACAAGACUAAGUAUAUGAAGGGUAAAAUAAUUAAAGAUUAACAUGGAUUCCAACUCGACGCAGCUAGACGCUACGGCAGCGGGACGCAAACGUGCUAAGCGCCCACAACCCAAUAAAAAUGAAAAUAGUAAUAAAACUUCCACACAAUCUCAAUUUUCAACUUCUAAUAAUCAACAAAUUGGAAUUUCAACUCUGUCAGAUCUUAACCCCGAAGAAUCAUCAUUAAAUAAUAGCAACAAUAAUAAUACUACUAACACAAAUAACAGCAGCCUUACGGUGGAAUGCCGGCGUAGUUCUAGGAAAAAAGUCAUCAAGUUCGAUGUGAGAGAUUUAUUGAACAAGAACCGCAAGCCACAUAAAAUACAAAUUGAAGCACGUAUCGAUUCCAACGCUCCAUCGACUAAUAAAGUGGUGUCUAGCAGUAUGUCCAGCGAGGGCUUAGCAACAGCGUUCAUUGGGUCUUCCUCGUCAGAAGAGAUAUCAGUUAAAAAGAAAAAUUUUAUGGAGAAAUCUGCUUUUUUUAGACGUUUUUCAAUAUCAGCUGAACAACCUAAACAGCCGCCUCAGUUGCCUAUUCCGCCUGUAUUAUUAAAUAAAACUCCGGUAAUUCAAGAUUGUAUUGAGCAGAUGAAAAUAAAACCUAGUUCCAGUUUGAUAUUGGCGCAAAUGGAAAGCACAUCUAGCACUGCUGGGUUUACUCGAAAACAACAGUCAACGUCAGCGAAGAUGGUGGGAAGCGAAAAAUUACAGAAACGAACUGAAGAAACCGUAGUUGCUGCACCGCAGCAAAGAAAGCGUGGGAGGCCUCCUAAGAUUAAAACCCCUCUUAUAUCGCAUUCGGAUACUAUCGAAAAAAAUUCACAAAUUUCAAGAUCAAGUGAUCAUGUUAACCAAUUAACACCAGAAAAGGCUAGAAAUUGGAAGGAAUAUAAAGCAGCUCUACAGCAAACAACUACGACCAAAGGCUUACCAACAGUAUCUUGUACAAAUGUAGUUAGCGAAGUAGUUACGGUAUCGACAACAACGGAAAGCACAGAAACUGAAGCGUCUUUAAAGACAUUUGAGAGAAUGGAUGUUGUUCUUAAUGCUUUUACUGCGCCCGAUGUAACAGAAGCAACUGAGGAGGAAAUUGUUGCUGAAUGCGUUGAUUCUAUAGAAUUAUGCGAAACAGCGAAUUCCAUUCAGCAGGAAGUGCAGUGUUUAUCACCUGUGUCUCCUAUCAUUGGAAAAACGUCGUUAAGUCGCACUUCUAGCAGCUCUGAAAGUGAAAAUUGUUCAGAACGAAGUAUUAAUUCGUCUGGCGGUAGCAGUACGCGUUCUUAUAGAUCUGGUGAUAAAUUGAGAGUCAAUUUGAAGCGGAUGUCUUUGCACAAAACUAAAUUAAAUCCAACUGCUUCUUAUUCCAACCAACAGUUAGGAAUCGAGAAUGAUGUAAAUGAGGAUGUAAAAACAGAAAAGAAUACCAAUAUUAUUUCAACAGCGGACAUUACUAAAAGCUUAUUGUUAGAAUGGGAAGAAGAUUUACAAGAAACGCUCACAAAUGAAAAAAAAGAACAGUUAUUAGAGGAAAGCCAAGAAGUAAUGGUCAAUGUAGCGGAAGAUCAACAAAUCGACGACGAUUUAAUUAAAGAUACUUUUCAAAUCGAAGAAGUAUUCGAUGCUAAACAAAACCCACUCAAGUCAAAUCAAGGCAACGUUGAGGGAAUAAUCAAAGGGACUGAAAUUUCCAGCGAUGCCAGCGUCAUCAUUAUCGACGAUUCUUCCAUUUCAAACAGUGAGAUAUACACGAAUUUAAAAUCAAUGGAUAUAGUAGAAGAUAAAGAUGUUAAAGAGUUUAAUCAGUCAUCAGCAGAAACGAAAAGUUCUCUCCUAGCUGGAGAACCGCAAGAUCUAGAAGGGACAAAAACUACGGAAGAGCCAAAGCAGAUUGAUAGAGAAAUUGUUAGUGAAUAUCAUCCGAUUUCGACAGAAAUGGAUAAUGAAAUAACGCAGGAGACGACUGCGUCGUCGAGCACUGUACUUACUGAAGACUUCAUUUCAGAAGCGGUCGUUAUACCAGUUAGUCCUACGCCAGAAGAAUGUCCUGUUGCGGACGAGCAGAGUGAAGUAUUAAUAAUUAAUAAAAUUUCUGCUCAAAGGAAAGCACCAGAAAUGCCAUCAGCUGUUGCUGAAGAUACUAAACAGGUGACAACAAUACCUAAAAAAAGGGGAAGGAAACCUCGUUUUAGAAAUUUGCAUGAACCGGAGUUGUUGGAAAAAGUUGUAGCUAGUACUAUAACCAAGAAAGAGAUUAUAGAGUCAUCAACAUCAAAUAACUUCGAUCUUAGAACAGUGCAAGAUGCGGCAGAAUGUAAUGUAAAAGUGCAGCCCAUAUUUGGUACAGAAGUCGUAAGUUCCCAAACUGUGCACAUUCCAAGCCAAAGGAGUGAGUAUCAAUAUUUUGAAAAAGAAUCGUUAAACAAAAGCGCGGAAUCUGAAGAAUAUGAGGCGCAAAUAGCAAACGUAGAUAUCAUCAAAACUACUGAAUACGAAGAGGAAAAAAAAAGUACAACAACUGAACCUCUGUUAAUUCCGUUAGAUGUAAUUGCAACACAGCAAAGCGACUUAGAAAUAGAAGAAGAAAAGAAAAGCAAAUCAAGCGAUGUAAACUCUGGGUUAGGGAUGGCAGUCGUUGAUCACAAAAAUGUUACGGACGCGAUAUCUAGCCACGAGGAAUUAAAGGCGGAAAGUAAAUCGCUAAACACCUUGUUGACGAAUGAAAUAACUGAAUGCGAGAUUGAUAUGAUUAGAAAGAAGGAUGGUUCGUUUUCUUUAAACCUCAACGAUAAUUGUCAAACCUUAAGACCCGAACUCGAUACGAACGUUAUUCAUCAAGUAGACAUUGAAACAAAUAUGCUUUUAGACAUAUUACGUCAAGUUCAAACCAAUACUGAAGCAAAUGAAUUGAGAGUUAAAAAUAAAACUGAUACCGGGGUUAUUACCGAAACUCUCAAUAAUGAAAAACUUUCCCCCAAUGAAGGAAAGCCAGCUUCUUGUAACUUAUGGAAAAAAGUCGAUACGGAUUCGACCUCAUCUAACAGUUCGUCGAUACGAUCAGAAACGGCGUCGCCUUUAACCUUUAAAAAAGUUAUAAGGCGUUGCGAUAGACGCAAUCAUCGUAGUGAAGAAUUGACAAAUAAAACUUUAGAAGAAACUUUUGCCGAAAUCACUGCUCUUAGCUCGAAAAUUACUCUCGAAGUAACUGCCAGUGAUUUGGCGGAAGAAAAAAAAGAUAUUGUAGAGCGCGACGAAGAUAUUAGCAAAGGUAAUGCUGAUAUUGCUGAGGAAGAGUCAUUGAUCGGUGAAACUAAGAAAGAAAAGGAUAAUAUUUUAACAACAGCGGCGGAAGAAAAUUUGAUAGCUUCUUUGGAAAAGCCAAAAUCUCAAGAAGCAAAAGCUGCAAUGGGUAAAAGAGGUCGCAAACCGAAAAAUAAACCAAUAUACAUCGGCCCGUCUUUACUUAUUACUACAUUGACAUCGAAAGAAGAAAAUGAGAUCAAAAAUCAAGAAAUUUUAAUGAAUAGAGAAGAGGUGGAAGAGCCAGGCAAAUGUAACAAAAUGGCAAACAAGCAUAUUUCAAUACCUAUUAGUUUGGCAGGCGUCUCCGAUGAAAACCUAAUUUCCUUUCAAAGUGAAGACGACGAUGCAAAAAAACAAGAAUUUCCAAUUGAUUCACAUAUUGUUCCAAAUACCUUAAACAAUAAUUUAAAUGCAUCUCAAGAAGGGUUAUCAACGAUUCCUGUCGGAAAUGAAAAUAACGUUGUCAAGCUUUCCAAUCAGAAGCGUGACUUAUCAGCUAAUAGAAAACAAGACAUUAAGAAUUCUGCCAAGAAACAAUCAAAGAAGUUGAAAAGCAAUCAAGAAGAUGUUUUAUUACUCACCAAUGAUGACUCAACUUCGAAAUCGUCGAAGUCAUCCAGCUCUGCACCAAAAAGGGGUAGGAAGCCGAAGAAUCAAUCCCAUAGCCUAACGGAGCAACGAAGUACAGCAAAUGCUACAAAUAGUGGGAAAAGGAAGGGUAAAAAAGAUGCAAAGGUAACUUCGGUAGACGACAGUAAAAAACCGAAUGUAUAUCCCGAAAGUUUGGAAGAUAGUCAAAAAGAUGUAGACGCACAAAAUUUUGGUGUGGCAGCUGAUAAAGUGUUGGACGAAAAGUCAGCUAAACGUAAACGUCAGAAGAGACUGAAAAAAGACUUUGAGGCGGCUUUAAUUGAUGACUUCAAUAAUAAAGAAUCCUUAACGUUAUUAUUGGGUUUAAACGAAUCUACAUAUAGCGUUAGUUCCCCUAAAAUAACGAAAGAGCCGCUUCAUACCGAAACCAUCCGAGAGACCAUCAGCGUGUCCACCGUCUGUAACACAGGAACGCCAGAUAUUGAAGAAGAUCCUGACCCUCUUAAAGAUAUUGAAAAAUUUAUAGAGGCCGGUGUCAAUUUAUUGAAGAAAGAUUACAAAAUUGAUGAGGAUAGUAUGGACGGGUGCAUUCCUAACAAAUCUGUAAAUAAAGAAACCGUUGCGGGGGACUUAGAAAAGGUAUUUGCAGAAAGUGCCUUGCAAACCGUCAAUAAAAUUACACAAGAAUAUACUGAGGUGACAAACGUUGUCAACACUUUCGAAACUCCUGUGGAUACACCUAUUGCUACGCCUUCGGCAACGCCACCUCCUAAGAGUCCGAUCAGUAGUGAUACCUUCACUACACCAGAUGAAGAGAUUUUUGGUGUACGCCGCUCCCACCGUAUUAAGCAAAUUACGAAAGCUCCUAAGGCUCUCGUGGGUCGAGGCUUGGUGCGCGACCGGGAGCGUUUCUCAAUUAAAGAUGAUGUCGAAACGAAAUCGCACUAUACUCUUGAUGACCAUCUUACUGAUUUGGCUGAAGUAGAAGCGAAAAAUGCAAAAUUUCUUAAAGAAAUGGAAGAACGCUUAAGCAACUUUCAGGUGAUUAAGGAAAACGAGUAUAAGUGUGAACGGGUCAUCAGUAGGGAAGCUCGAAAAAUGAUUUGCGAUUGUUUCCUUACGGCUGAAGAAGAAGAACGCGGUGAGUUGGGUUGUGGAGAGGAUUGUCUAAACCGCUUAUUAAUGAUUGAAUGCGGGCUUGAUUGCAAUGUUAAGGAACGCUGCACCAAUAAGCGAUUCCAAAAGUUUUUAUGUUCACCUUGUCGUGUGUUUCGCACAGAAAAAAAGGGUUUUGGCAUAAUGGCCGACAUUGAAAUACUGCCCGGUGAGUUUAUAAUGGAGUAUGUAGGUGAAGUGAUUGAUAGUGAGGAGUUCGAAAAUAGACGUCUUACGUACUCUCGCGACAAGAAUCGUCAUUAUUAUUUUAUGGCACUGCGCAGUGACGCCAUCAUCGACGCUACUAUUAAGGGUAACAUUUCUCGUUUCAUUAAUCAUUCCUGUGAUCCUAAUGCUGAAACACAAAAGUGGACCGUGAAUGGUGAAUUGCGCAUUGGCUUCUUCAGUCGUAAAUCGAUUAUGCCAGGUGAAGAGAUAACAUUUGAUUACCAAUAUCAACGAUACGGUCGCGAAGCUCAACGCUGUUAUUGCGAAUCAGCCAAUUGCCGCGGUUGGAUCGGUCAAGAGCCCACUUCAGAUGAAGGUGAACAGAUUGAUGAGGAAUCGGAUGAGGAAGAGGAGGAAGAGUCAUCGCAUUUACUGGUGCCAGAUGACGACGACGAGGACGAUGACAGCGAUGCUAGCAUUGCUGAUCCUGAGGAAGUGCAAAAGAAACUUGAAAUGGCGGCUGCCCAAGCUGAAGCUGAAUUGGGUUCUAUAACUAUUGAAGAGAAUAAAGUUAAAGGAACUGAAAAGUCUAACUUAGACGAUAUUGGUAAAAAAGAGGAAAAGGGAGACUCUGGCAAAGCUUCCCAGACUGAAAUUGAAAUUGAAGAUUCCAAGAGUAAAUUCAAGAAGCUCCUAAAUAAAAUGGCCGAAAAGGUAGCCGCUAAACAGAAACAAAAUAAACGGCAGCAAAAAUUAGAACGUAAACGAAAAACCGAAAGCGCUACUCGAGAAAUGGGUUCAAACAAGCAGCGAUUUUUGGAAGAUCCCGAUAUUGAGGAUGAAGUUGAAUUUCUGAAACGCUGCGGCCUUAAGAAUCAAUCUGACACUUUACGUUUGUCUCGCUUAAUGGUAAGAGCUAAACUUGUUGAAACCCGUCUCAACUUGCUGGAAAUUUUGGGAAAAGGGGAAUUACCAUGUCGCCGCCUUUUCCUAGAUUACCAUGGUUUACGUUUGGUUCAUGGCUGGAUGAGCGAAGAUGGAGGUAAUAUGCAGAUGCGCCUCGCUAUACUGCAAACUUUAGAAACGCUUCCUGUUACCAAUAAGACUGUUUUAACUGAUAGCAAAGUUUUACGAGUAGUGCGCAAUUGGUGUGGCUUGAAUGGACCCCUAUCACCAAAUGAUGACUCUUCUAAAGAAUCUUGUGGUGGCGGUCUCAUCACGCAAGAUGAUCGAGCAAUCCACGGCGUUGGAGAAUCGGAUUCCCAAUUAGCGGAGGUGGAAAGAUUGGGUUGCAAUUUGAUAGCCAUGUGGGAUGGUUUGCCGGAGAUAUUUCGCAUACCAAAGAAGGAGCGCAUCGAACAAAUGAAAGAGCAUGAACGCGAAGCUGAUCGUCAGUACGCAGCCACCGCUGAGAGCGAAGCGAAUAAGAAUUUUACGGAUCGUUAUCAACGUGACCGUUUCGGGCGAGGAACAGCAUCAUCGGCGUACAAUCGCUUUGUUAAGCCUAACAGCACAAAAAUUACUAAUACAUCGGCUGGGGGGAAUAAUACAAACAGAGCCCCUGUUGGAAAUCCAUCUGAAAGCGUCAAAAACCUUUCGAAGGCUCAACGCCGAGAAAUGUUUGCAGCCAAAGUAGCACGUGAAGAGGCAGAUAAACGUUUGGCCGAAGAACGUCGAGAGUGUGAAAUUAAGUGCCGCUUUUUUGGUUUAGAUCCAAAAAAGACUAGGCAUCAGGAUAUACCAUUUUGCGUUAAUCCCCAAACGGGACAAUGGUAUUCAAUGGAUCGAAAGCCUAUUCCUACUCCACCCAGUUACGCCCAUAUUCAAGUACCCGUAAAGCCGAAAUCAACUGAUCCGGCAGAUUAUCAGUUACCACCAGUUGUUGCCACUUUGCCACCUCAUUGGAAAUUUGCCAUUACACCUCAAGGCAAAAUCUAUUACUAUCACAUUAAAUAUCGAAUUUCGCAAUGGGAGCCACCGACUCCCACUCAGAUGCAAAAUAGCGAAAUAGAAGAGGAUGACGCUGAUUCUGAUAACGAACUUACGAACGCUGGCGAUAGCAGUGAGGACGAUGAUGAAAUAUUGAUUGGUAUGGAUGAGGCUCAGUUGAAAGCGUACAUUGACAAGAAAGUAGAAGAUAGGCGUCAAAAACGUUAUCAACGUUUGGUCGAUGAAAAAUCGAUUAGUCCACGUCGCGAAGAGGACCGCAUCUACAAUCAGAUGGAAGUGCGGAAAUAUAAGGAAAAUAAAGAAAAAAUACGCAAACGUAAAGAAGAAAUUCGGCGCAAACGAGCCGAAGCUCUGCGGCAAACAACUGCUAAUUCAAGCAAUGUAGGACUGGCAGUGGAAUCAACUAAUGCUGCAAGUAAAUCGCAAAAUGAGAGUGUCGACGAAGUAGCAGGUGUUUUGCCAAUACAAGACUAUUUACUGUCCUCAGACGAGGAAGAAGCUGACAUUAAAACUGAGUGUAACAAUAGCCCGUUAAUAGACAAAAUUGUUGAAGGAGAUAAGAUUGUGGAUGAAUUAGAUGCUUUGACUACCAAACGACCAUUGAAAAGAGUGUUACCACCACAUCGUGGCUUGGAAGAGGCUUCUACUAGUUCAGCGUGUACAACGACAGCCUCUGAAAAAACUGAAAGUAAAAAACGCAAAUUGGAAAAGAAAGAUAAAAGAAAAAAUAAAGAAACUGAUGCUAAAUACCGCAAAUUGAAGGAAAAGUUUCGAUGCGAAAUUGCGGGUAUUAUCGUACAUUAUUUGAAACCAUAUCGCAAAGAUUCCUGCAAGAAGGGACGCAUAAAGAGUAAUGAAGAUUUCAACCAUUUGGCACGCAAGCUCACACACUUUGUUAUGAUCAAAGAAUUGAAAUAUUGCGAAUCGGUGGGCCAAACUUUAGUUGUAACGGAAUCAGUAAAAAACAAAUCACGAGAAUUCAUUAAAAAAUAUAUGGCCAAGUACGGCGAAGCUUAUGUGAAACCUAACAAUGACCCAGAAUUUAAAGAUAUACCUUACACUUUGUAAUGCAAUACAACUUCA